AUGCGGUUCAUAUCCUCCAUCGUCGCUGCCAGUGUUAUCCUGGCAGAGGUUGUUGCAGGUGCCAAAGUCCCGAGGGCUUUCGGUGUCCCAACGAAUGAUGGGUUCCCCAACCCGAGCCCUCAGCAGAUACUCGAUAUCUCCCAGCGUGCCAAAGGAAGACUUCCGGACGGAGCCACUCCCACGUCAUUGCCGCCCAAUACCAUCACGGCACUCCAGCUCAUUGCUUUCAACGAGUUGUUCGAGACCGCUUUUUUCACUUCGUUGAUCAACAACAUCACCAGUGGCGCUGACGGCUAUCAAGAUGCCCCCAGCGGUGCUCUUGCAAUCCUGACUGCUGUGCAAGCGCAAGAAGAGCUACAUGCUCUUGGAGCAAUUUCCAUCCUCCAGACGGCCGGGGCAUUUGCCCCAUCGCCAUGUCAGUACCAGUUCCCAGUCGCCAAGCUCGGGGACGCCGUCGCUCUGGCGGAAACCUUUACCGCUGUAGUGCUUGGAGCGCUACAGAAUGCAAACGUCAUCUUCGGUCAGGAUGGCCUCUCCGAUUUUGUUCGCCUAGUUUCGUCUGUCAUUGGCCAGGAGGGUGAGCAGAAUGGCUUCUACCGCCUCCUCCUCAACCGGAUCCCUUCUGAAAAGCCCUUCCUGACCACGGUCCCGCCGCCAUUUGCCUUUUCCGCCCUCCAGCUCUUCGUUGUCCCUGGUUCAUGCCCUUUCCCCCUCAGCAACAUCAACCUGCCCAUCUUCCCGACGCUGGCGACCAACGGUGGACCUGUGGCUCUCAUCCAGCCAAACGAUCAGACCCUCUCGUUCCAGGCGGACCUGUCGACCUCUGAGGCUGCCAAGCAGUACAUUGGAGGCGACGGAAGCGGCCUCUACAUGACCUAUACCACCGGACAGCAGCAGCCUUUCUCGGUCAGCAUCACCAACGUCCAAUGGCAGGGGAGUGUAAUUUCCUUCUCCGCCACGUUUCCUUUCAGCUCAAAUCAGAUGAACGGGUUCAGCCAUGGCGCACUCACAACCACCAACAACCCUUCUAGUCUCGAUGCUCUGGUGCAGUGUACACUCGCCGCCCCUGCUGUCAUCCAGGUCAAUGACAGCAUCCUUUAG